AUGCCCUCUCCGCCGCCUCCAUACUCCCCAAAUCCUGGGCAACAAAGCAUGUCUGCUGCCAUGGGAGCCUCGCCGUCGCUCUCGAGCGGUCCGUUUGCUACGCCGCAAAAUACUAGCUCUCCACGCAUCGGCGUCCUCAACCAAAGCCCGUCUGGGAGUACAACAUCGCCUUUGGGACAACCAUCUUUCCCCCCACCACCACCCACCAGUACACGCGAUCGGUCUAGCUCCCGAAACCGGGACAAGCGCUCCGUCUUCGGCCUUUCGGCUCUAACCGGCAGAAGCAGGGGCAUGGGCGGCGCGGAGCAGUCCCGCAGUGCAAUUGAUUCAUUGAGACUGCAGACGACCGAAGCACUGGCCAGGACACCAGGCCCAACACAGACACACUUUCAGAUGCCAAUCGCAGGUCCCAGCCAAACACCUUCAACACCCCAGCGCCAAGCCCAGUGGACCCCUGAGGUUGCUCAACGCCCCCCUGCAUCGAGACGGGCUGCCUCUACCGGUGGCAUUGGCAUGUCACUUCGCGAUGAAGGUUCAAGCACUCCUUCGCGAACCGCGGCUUGGGAGCCCGGUAUGCCGCUACCUCCGCCUCCACCAGGCCCACCGCCUAGUGGCUCGCGAUCACAGAGCAUGAAUCGAACAUCCGAGCUCUCGUCACGGUCGGCAUCCAAUUCACUAGCUACACCUGCACCCCGCAGGGCAGCAGGAUUUGGUAGCACGCUCGGCCCUAUUCCGCCAACACCUGCCGAUUGGCGUGAAGAAGACGCACGAAACAGAUCAAAGUCACCCUGGGGAAGAGCACUGCGCCUCACGACGCAGGAUCCACAUGGUCAAGGGUCUUUGAAUGGCAGUGAUGAUGCACCUGGACCGUCGGAGCCGCAGACGGCACAUCCAUCCUCAUCGGCUUCAAAUGCUGGGCUUUCCAGAGCACCCGCGCGCAGAGAUCCCAGCGCACGGGGCAUUCGAGAACGGCGAAGCGAAAGCCGUGCUGCCAAAGAGAAGAUCACCGAGACACAAAGUGCUGUUGAGCCAAGCAAUAAUCCAUGGGCACGUGACAUGGAAGCUGCUCAGCGGCCCAAAAACCUUAUUCUUACUGCCGAUUCAGGCUCCAUCAGCCAAAGGCGCAAGAACACACCCCGAAGCGGAAGCGGCUUUUCCUCGCCCUCAAGCGGACAGCCAAGCGCCAGGGAUAACAAGUCAUUUGGAGACAUGCAAGCGGAUUCCAGUAACUCCACGCCUCGGCAGAUGGUCAUGUCCCCCGAAUCUUUUGCGCCAACACCACCUUUCAGUCCGGGUGGGGAGGGCUAUGGUGAGAAAAUCUCGCGUUUCAGACCGUCACCAGGAUCCCACGCAAAGACCUUGCCGACACCACCGCCGCACUCUGCGGGUAUGCCAUCCAGCAUCUCCACGACUUCUUCGGGGAGCGAGCGACCCCUCUCCCAUAUUCUACAUACGCCUCUAGAUAACGUCCCAAUGGUCCAACCACUUCACCCCUCUCGUCCUUCGUCUUCAUCAAGCGCCGCGGCGGGUAAAACAAGGCUACCAACGGACCAGGAACUCUUUGCACAGGCCUCGAUUGACCGGCACCGCGAAUUUAUUCAGCGUGAAAGUGCUGCUGUAACGGACCAAGAGCGCCUUGAGCUCUUCGCUGAUUUCAUAGUCCACGAGUCCCGCCUGCGUCGGGAUCGUUAUUCUUCGGCCUUCGAGGCUAUGGCUAGCGAUAUCCUGGACUUGACACGGGACAUGUGGCGAAGCUACACGAGUACCUCGGCCGGCAGGCGCUCGGGAACGCCCAAUAAGAUGGACUCCACCCCAGUAUCUCAACACGAAAGGCAGGACUCUAUAUCAUCUGUAGAGAGCUUUGCCAACCCUAGUCCUGCUAUCUCCUCGGCUACCUUUAGUCCCAGGGGAGCUUCAGAGUCGCCACUCAGCAGUGCAUCCAGCCAUGGUACACCUGGCCGAACACGCGGGGACAGCAAUUCGUGGCAGCCCUGCCUCUCGCCGAUUCCUAGCAUGGCUGUAAGCACGGUUCCAGACGAAGAGGACUCGCGCGGUCGGUCUGCUAGCCGCUGGUGGGAGGGAAGUGCGAAUGGUUCUCAGGGCCACGGCAAAAAAAUCGAACGCUCAAAGCGGGAAUCCAAGUACAUGGGCGUGCAACUUACCGAGGCGCAAGAAUACAUGCAGUGGGAGAAUGACAACUAUUCCGGAGCAGGCACCCCUGGGCCCAGCGAGACGACCCCCGUCGGGAUCUAUGGGCCGAAUGACUACCCGCCCGAGAAAGUGGGCUGGCAUGAACAGGACAUGGGUGGGCAAAUACCUCCCCCACCCCCGCUUGGGUAUUGGACUCAUUCUGCACCCGCAACACCGGAUCCGUUCAAGUUGGAUGUUUCAAGGCUUGUGACUCUACCCCCACCCUACCCGCGACACCACCCAGCAGUGAACAACAGUCAUCCGGAUCUGGGAUCCAUUAGAGCAAAUCUGCGUGGACUGCUGGAUCCUGAAGACACGAACGCCAUCAGGGAAAACUACCAAGCUCGAAGCGAUGCGCUAAGGGAAAAGGGCACGAAGGGCGAGAGGAGCCGUCGCGCUGAGCUCAGGGCUGAAAUCCAAGACAAAAUUGUGAAGGGUGAAAUGUCCUUUGGGGAGGCAGCGCAGGCCGAGGCCGAGUUCGACUCAACCGAGGCGCAGAUCACGCAAAGACGGAUCCAACAAGACUUUGACAUGUUCCAAAAGGAUGUCAUGACUCCUUUGCACGCCCUCCUCUCGGAGCGUAUUCGGAAAGCUACGGCCUCGAUUGAGCAAUUGAAGACUGGUUUGCUACACGAGGCCCAGGCAACGAGCCCGAAUCAGACGCAGGAGGAAGGGGACGAGCAGCCCGAGCUUCUCGAAAAACUCACUCUCUUCAAAUGGCUAUUUGAGGCUCGCGAACAGCUGUACAAAGAGCUUUUGGAACUUGAGGCUCAGCGGAACAACCUCUACAAGACGCUUGUCGUGACUCCUUACGCUGCCGCAAAGAACAAAAACAAGGUCCGCGAGGCCGAAGACUUCUUUGCCAGGGAUGCCCAUGAGCGUAAGGUUGCGCAUGAGAAACAAGCACUGAAGCGCUUUGAGGACUUCCACGCAACUGUCGAGGACAAUGUCACACGCGGAGUCGAAGACCAGCUCUCAGCGUUCUGGGACAUCGGGCCGGGUCUUUGGGACAUUGUCCAGAAGAUCCCCGAGACGCUGACGGACCAUUUCCAGAUCUUGAUUCCGCCAAUGGAGUACGAAGAGAAUCCCAGUUACCACGAGCACCCAUUGCAAUACCUGUACACACUGCUCUCGCACGCGCAAAAGUCGGCAUACCAGUUCAUCGAGAGCCAGACAAACCUGCUAUGUCUGCUUCACGAGGUCAAGACGGGCGUCAUGUCGGCGAACACAAAGCUGUUGGGCACGCAGCGAGUGCUGGAGGGUGAAGAUAGGCAGGCUGUAGAUGAGGAAAUGAGCAUGAUCAGCCGCGACGAGGAGCAGCGGCUGACGGAGGACCUCAAAGACAAAGUCAACCUGGUGGAGGAGCAGUGGCGAGAGGCUCUGGGGAAAGGCAUAGAGGACUGCAUGGACCGAGUGCAAGUCUUCUUGCUGGAGGGGGGCGGCUGGGACGAAAGUUUGCAAGACUAG